AUGCCUCCCGAUCACUGCGGGCAAGACGAGAGAUCCCCUUACUUUGGUCUUCAAAGUGUGUCAAAGUUUUUAGCAGGAUGAAUGAAUGUUAUUUUUGAUCAAAUUUUCCUCCUUUAUAUCGUAUUUUACGGGGAUUUUUUUGACCUUUGUUUCGAUGAGAUUUGCCUCAUCAAGAUGGACAAGUUCAAGGAUGAUGUUUGUAAUUUUUAUCUCGUUCAGCCAAAACAUUUAUUCGUAAUGGGCGUUUCAUUCAAGGUUCUUGGGGCCGAUUUCCUCUUCAAGGUAGCCCGCUCCGAAGAUUUAUGACUUUUUUGUUUUGAGGAGAGUAAAAAAUGAACAAAAAAGUAAUGGCGCGCGGCACUUUCAAAAUACAAAAACGUUUUCUGAUGACCGGCGAUUUAUGACUCAGGAUUCUUGAGAAUCCCAAUUCCUGGAAAGAAUUGUUCCAUUCAAAGGGCUCGCUGUGUAAGGUCGGAGGGAUCCGAUGGGACGGUGAAAUUAUAAUCUUCCAAACUUGAAAAGGGGAGGUGUAACAGAACUUUUAGACAAUACCAAUAGAUAAUUUCGUCUUGAAAUCCCUCUAAUCAACUGGAGAUACGACAAAAGUACGACGGUUUUACUUCUUAAACUCAAAUUUUAUAUUAUACUUGGUCUCUGGAAGUUCCAAAUUUUUUUCGUUCCCAAUAUGACUUUUUUAUGACAAAACUCCCAUCCCCAUGCGUUACCCAAACAAACAGUCGACGAUGGAGUUAAGUAGUGUUGUUAUAUUGUCCACUUGAGUUACUUUUCGUGAGCGGGUUUCGGUGUUUUCGAACCUUUUGUGAGAGGAUGAGAUAUAUCAUUUCCUGUCGUUAUAGCCAAACUAAUUAUCUUCGGAGUAAUUUCGAGGAUCUUGAAGGGUUCCUUUAUUGAUUUUCAAAGAGAACAGGCUUCUUUUGGUUACUCUAUUUUAUCUAAAUCAAUAUGAAUUUCUGCAAAAUUUGAUGUCCUGUUGGUCUUUCUAAUGUAGACGGAAUCUACAUUCAGAAGAUCAAGACCUUGUACUUUUACUGCCUCUUCAAGACUUCAUUGAAUUCGACCCUCUUCAGCUCGAGUUUCCCUUUCUCGAAUAAGCUUAUAAACGUCAAAUUAACUCUCUAAAAAGAGUCAUUGUUUUUUUCCAUUCUUUCGAAUUUCCAAUUAUAUUCAGACCGUUGCGCAAUCGUUGUUUUCUUUUUUUACUUGAUCCGACUUCAGUCUCGGGGGAAAGGGAAAGUAUAAUAGUUUUAUUAACUCGCUCCGAUUGAUUGAAACUUGAUGGAUUCGUAAAAAGUAAUUUUCAAAAUCAAAAAAUACGGUAACUCGUUGUAAAGCAAUGUUCUUGCUGUUAACACUCUUAAUUAUAAUUUUAUAACCCAUUUUUUCUUUCUAAACCGAUUACCAGCGUCGACUUCGAAACCAGCGCAGGAUUAUUACCUCCAAAACAAUAUUCUCCUCUAAUUUUACGUGAACAAAAAACAAACAUUGGGUGGGGGAGCCGCGCGAAAAAUAAAUUUUAUGAAAUGGGUUUUCAAAGUUUUUCAAAUUCCAAGCGAAUUUGAGUUCAGACGUGUGAACUUUCUGUUCGCCUUGGAGGUUGAUUAGGCGCGAUGAGGGAGUUCUUAAUUGAUGGGUACUAUACUAGAGGAAACUAGAAGCCUAACUGACAACGAGGGCUCAGAUUUUGGGCCGAUUUCUUCCAUGGUUGAUUUACGUCUCAAAUCAAUUGCUGAUUUCUAAAUAUAUAUUGGAAGGUAUUUUGCAGAGGAGAGAUGUUGGGAAGUGAAGAGAGACGGCCGGUGAAGCCGCGGUUUUUUGUUCAAGCAUUUUUUUUGAAUUUUGAUAAGAAAAAAUGAUUACUCCAUGACUUAUCCCAAUAUCCCGUCUCUUGCUGCGCAGUCACAGCCGAGAUCUCUUCCACUUCCUUUUCAUGUUGUAUAUGACAUGAAAAAACAUUUACGCCUUUCGCCAUAACUCUUUAUUCCGAGUCCUUUAUGUAUUACAAACAGUGACUUUCCGAUCCGUUUAGAAGACUUUACUAUAUUAGGGAAGUAAAGGGAGUGUUUUUUGGUUUUCCGAGGGUUGCGAUUACUUUAUGACUUUCGGUUUACAGAUUUAUUAAGGGUCAUGGAUAAUAAACCAGGGGUUCGAUUGCUUAUUAGCGCUUCAAACAAAGUGUAAUACCCUAAAUGAAAUAUAGUUUGUAGGCUUAGAAAGUUGUGAUUACGUAACCGGUUAUUAAUUGAGCCAUCAUUUUGUGGGUUGAUAUAGGAGAGUGGUUCGAAAUAGAUGUCUAAAGUGGCAUACUUAAAGAGAUGUUCAAAAAGUUAAUCCUGGAGGUCUGGGGUUCGAAGGAAUGGGGGUCCGCUAGCCAAGAUUUUAUCAGCUUUUGCAAAAACAAAGGCUGCAAUGACAACUGUUUUCUUUGCGUUCAGACUUGUCAACGAGUUCAUCUAUUACUGAAAAGAGAGGUUUCAGUUAUAUGUUCAGUUUUUCUGAAAACUUAACUGAUCUAGCCACAUCAGCGGCAGCCGAAAAAUUGGAGAGUCGGGCAUUCAGCGAUUACGCGGAGACAGUCGACGAUGGAGGUAGAACUUUUGUUAAAUAUAUUGUCACUUGAUCGCUGAGCUAAUAAGGGAUCCAAAAAUUAUGAAAAUCGGAGAAAAUCUACUCAUAAAAUCUCUCUGCUUUGUGACAAGCUCAUGCACAAAAGAAGAUAAAAUUUAAAUUUGUGCCGCCUUCCAUAAACUCCUGCUUGCCCAAUGACCCCCCUUAUGCGUUAUGUGGCAGCUAUCUAAUUAUUUUGUUUUGAUCUCCUCUUACUCUACUUUUUUGCUACAUUUUUUAUGGUUUUCAAAUCAACGGAAUUCCAAGUAAGGCUGAAUUCCCUCAUUUUCUUUUAUUUUUCGAUACAUUUACCAGUUGCGUAACACAAACAUUGUAAAUAAUUUGCUUAUUUUGUGUAUUCGAAGUUAUUUUUCGAGCCUUUUUCCGUUGAGUUCGCUUAAUUAGGCGCGUUGAAAAUUGGUUCGAACCGUAAAAAUACCUGAUUCUGAGUGAUGGAACGCUUCCAACUGUCAAGUUUCUACUGUUUUCGUAUAAAUUUUGUCAUGGUUCAAUUUUUUAUAGGUUUGGUCUGAUCAUUUACUAACAAUCACCCUUAAUGAGCACUUUAAUUGGAUUCUAGAACUCGGAAAACGCAACGCGAAAUUAAUAAUUUGCUCCAUUUGUCAAUUUCUCAACCUUUUCUUGGCUGCAGGCAAUACGAAAACAUAGUUUGUUGUAAUUUAUUAAACUUUGUUUUCCGCUUUUUUCGCUGAUUUACUUUUUAUCAACAGGGUUUGACAAUUGCUUUAACAAUGUCGGUAACCUACGUGUGGUUUCGAAGAUUUUCACAAUUACAAUUAGCAAAAAGUUAAAUAGUAAAUAAAUUUUAAUGUAAAUUGAAGUAUAUUUUCCACUCUACAGCACUUUAUUGUCCAAGUUUUACAUUGGGUUUAAAAUUAUUUUUAAUUAAUUUUCCUCCCAAUAAACUGUUUUGAAAUUUCUUUUGCUCCUAAAAUUACAGUAAUUUAUCUCUUGUGACCAGCUCAUGAUCUGGAAAACAACUCUGAUUCAUCCCAGAAUGCCUUCCUUUCCCUUUCAUUGCCAUUCUUUCCUUUGAAGGUCACUCCGUUAUAAUGAAACUUGUGCCUCAUUAGGUGGAGGAAAAGCGAUUCAUUUUCGUUUCGACAAUUUUAUGGGCGUUGGAAGGUAGGAAUUUCGUCGUUUCUACUCUCUCAAAACAAUGUUUCUGUUCUGGGUGAUUGGAAAUGUACUUGUGGAAUGGGAAGGGCGAGGGUUUGGACAGGUUUAAUCUUUGGGCUUGAUUAUGUACAUAUAUGUAUGAAAUUGUUCAAAAAAUUAUUUUUGUUAUUUUUAUAAUACAACUAUACACAAAAAAUAUAAGAAAGCAAAAAAAUAUUGUUGCUAAAAUUGUCUUUGGGACCUCUGAAAUAUUUUCAAAAACGAAAAACUCAUUGACGAAACAUGUUUUUUCUCUGGCCGGCUCUCCUCAUUUCGUGUGAUCUCUCGCAAAGACUGCUGGAUGUUUGAAAGUGUGAGCUAAUUCGUUUUGGGAUUCAUCUAUGACUAGUUCAGGACACAUAUCCAAAAUCUUGAGAGAAUCUGAAUACCACAUCGGCACGUAUUUCUUGGUUAUUUUCAUUUUUCUCGUCAUUUUCUGCAUUGAAUUGUGACCGAUAAAAUGCCUUAAUGAGCCAUUAAUUAACCUAGAUAUUACCAUUGAUCUCAACGAAUAGUACUCCGAAAUUCCUUUAGUUUUGACGGGAUGGAGGAGAUUAAUGACAAAUUUACAAAAAACAGGGUCAGUCGGGCAGUUCUUUUGUAUUUAUCAAGUGUUUUUACUUGUCUUCCGCACCGUUCUUAUUACGUUCUCUCCAUUUCCUGUAUUUUGAUGACUUAUUUUCAGACGUGACCAUGAUUUUAAGGGCAGAUACGACGACUUGGUUGAGAAUUAUCACGGUUUCCUUUGUUUUACAGGUAAGUUUCAGUAGAAAAUUAGGCAUGUCGUAUUUUACAGAUCUCUUUUUCGGCGAAUACAAUAGAAGAUUUCAAAAAUUGCAAGAAGGAAAGUGGGUUCAGCCUGAAAGAUGAGAGUUUAAUCUGUGAUCCGAGGAAUGAUUUGAAACCGGGGACGCUCAAAAAGUUGACUGACAUCUUGAGACAUGUUCAGGUAAAGAAUUUACUCGUUUUUUGCUAUAUAUAAUACAUAGUAUAUAAAGUCAUCAUUUUUUAGAUUGUUUCAUUUUGAUCUUAUUUUAGCUAAAGAGCCUCGUAUUUUAGACCAAACUGAAAUGUGAAUGUGCCGAUCUCUGUGCUCGCGACACAGAUCUUGAUGGGAAAUUUGUUGGACUUCUCCAAGUAACGAAUACCGAGGCUUUGAAUGAUACUGGGAGGUCAUUUGAUGAGGUUGCCAAUGAAAUCUAUGAACUCUCGGGGCUCGGAAAUAAAGAAUGCGACAAUGGAAUGUUAUUGUUCUAUGUCAAAGACACACAAGAAGUAAGUUGGAAGUUUAACUUGGAUGUUUUUUAAUCGUUUUAUACAGUAAUUGCUUAAGACCUUGUAAAAUGAUAAUAUUAACUUUUAGUUGGCUUCAAUGCGAGGUCACGGGAAGUUUAUUCUCCUGAAAGACCAGGAUCUAGACCGUCUCCAUCAAAUUGCCAGCGGCAAUAAGCCGGAAGAUUUGAAUGCCGCGGCCAUGGAGUUCUUGGUCGAUAAAGAUAAUGCGACCCAGCCGGCUGGAGAUAUUCAAAAAUUCCUAAAAUCGGCCAGCGAUACAUGGGCUGUAAGUUGAACCUGUAAUUUCACAGAUCGAACAUUAAUUUAUAUUACCCUUCAUAUUAUUUAUACAUCACCACUUUGUUCAACUUUCAGCCAAUCGUUGGUCUUGUUGUCGUUGGUGUCCUCCUUCUGCUGAUCCUGGCCCUCCUCUUGGCUUGCUGUUUUGCCAAACUCUGUGGAUGUUGUGCUUCCAAACCCCACAAGAACAAAUAUUAUGUUACACCUGUGCCCACUUACAAAACAGUAGAUCCCAUUUAUAUUGUGACCCCUCAAAGUGAUCGCCACGAUCUUAUUUAUUCAACUCCGUACUCCGGAAGUCCUCUGCCCCCACCACCGGCCAUGUAUAUGAGUACACCGCCUCCUCCGAUCAAUUCUAAUGGAUAUUCCACUUAUGGUAAGAAGAUGUCUAGUACAAUAUAAAGAUAUUGAAUUUUAUAUUUUUUCUCGGUGGUUUGUCGUUUAGCGGUUAAUCAAAGCUUCGUAGAAGCUCUGGGCAACAAAUCACAUUAAUUUUUAUAUUCUUUAGCUGGCUCUCCCCACUCGACCAGAAGUCCCCUCCCGAUCCACAAACACGAUACCCUGUCCAAGGGCUCUCCCAAGAAAGACAAAGAUCGGACUGGGACUUCCAAAUCCAAUUAUUCGAUCCAGAAUUCUUCCUCGACCACUCUCCCAAUGCCCGAGACAUUUAUGGAUACUUCUUAUUUGGAUCCAACGAGGAAACGGGAAACCCAGACGAGAGAAGAGUUCGUGGAAUAG